AUGUAUCUCAAGGCAGUUGCGUCAUCUGUGCUACUUCUUUCAAGCCUAUCCUCGGCACAUCCAGGGCAUGAUGCCACCGAAGAGAUCCUUGAGAGAAGAUCAUUCAAAAAUUCUGUCCGUCAUGCUUCUCUCGCUCAUUGUGCCGAUAAGUUAAAGGCUCGUGGGGUCCAGGGUCGCAACAUGGAGCGGAGAGCGGCAACUGCUGCGAUGGCUCGACUCUCCCGAGGUAUUUCCAAACGGGAUACAGACUCUGUUCUCGCCGAAUCGCACAAUAAGACUAGUCUGGGAUAUUCCGAAAAUACCAGUAUUUCGGAUCUCUUUUCAGGGAACGCGUCAUGCGUACUCACACCCGAAGUUACACAAGGCCCCUAUUACGUCGGAGGAGAAUACAUCAGAAAGAACGUCACCGAGGGCCAGUCGGGCGUUGACAUCCUUCUAGACUAUCAAGUUAUCGACGUGGGUACGUGUGAUCCCGUCCCGAACGUCUACGUCGAGAUCUGGCAUUGCAACUCCACUGGCGUCUACUCCGGCGUCGUUGCCAACGGCAAUGGAGAGUCAUCAGACGAAACCAACAUCAACAAGACCUUCCUUCGAGGCAUUCAAAAAACCGACUCGGACGGCGUGGCACAGUUUGACUCCCUCUUCCCCGGACACUACACGGGUCGAACCACACAUAUCCAUGUCAUGGUUCACACGAACGCCACCGAGUUGUCAAACCACACACUCGGCAACGAGGUGUAUGCCAGCCACGUUGGACAGGCUUUCUUCGAUCAGGACCUCAUUACUUCCGUUGAGAAGGUUGAGCCCUAUGCAUCCAACACGCAGUCAUUGACUAAGAACUCGGAUGACAGCAUUUUGGCUGAGGAAGCCGACACGGUUGACCCCCUCAUGGCCUACACACUGUUGGGAAACAGUGUCAGUGAUGGCCUCUUCGCUUGGUUGGCAUUUGGUAUCAACACAUCGUAUGUAAGCGAAGUACAGCCCGCGUCUUUCUAUUACGAAUCCGGUGGUGUUGAGAACCCAAACUCGGGCGGCGGUGGCCCUGGUGGAAAUGGAGGCGGCCCUCCUCCAAGCGGAGGACCAAGUGGCAGACCUGGCGGAACAAAUGGUACGGGUACAUCGGGUGGUAUCGCGUCGCCAACUAGUGUCAGCAUGGGAAAUAGGUAUACGAUUGGUGCGGUGACAUUAUCCUUGGUUGGGUUCUUGUUGCCUCUGCUUUGGUUGUAG